AAAUGGAAUAAGAGAAAACUUUUGAAGAAUAGUUAGAAGCAGCAGAGAAUAAAAUAAAAGAUUGUUAAGAGAAUCUAGGAGAUGUAGAAGUUAGAGAUGCAAUGCUAGAAAAAGCUUCAUUGCAAUAAAAGUAUAAUAAAUUUGAAGAUGUAUCCUUGUAAUAUUAUUUGAGGCAAUCAAAACAUAUAUUGACACAUUACCAAAAUCUGUUGGUAUUGGUAAAAAGAUGGAUGUCCAUUUCUUAAUUUUAUAAAUAUAUUUAAAGCAAAGGAAUCUUGAAAAAUUUAAGGAGCAUUUGAAUUAAUAAUAAACAUUAUUAGAUUAAGGAGGUGAUUGGGAAAGAAAAAAUAGAUUAAAAGUUUAUGAAGGAAUUUAUUGUUUAAUGAUAAGAGAUAUCACAAAAGCAUGCAAAUUAUUCUUAGACUCUGUAGCCACUUUUAAUUCAUCAGAAAUCAUAUCCUAUAAUGAAGUUGUCAGCUAUACAGUUUUAACUAGCAUAAUAUGUUUGGAUAGAUAAACUCUAAAAAAGAAAGUACAUUAAAAUCCAGAAGUUGUUGGAGUUUUAAGAGAGAAUUAAGUGUUAAAGAGUUUCUUAGAAUCAUUUUUGAUGUGUGAUUAUAAAACACUCUUCUAAAAAUUUGGUAUAAAUAUCUUUUAAUAUUAGCAAUUGUUAAUGAAAAUCUUUCUCAUGAUCAAUACUUAAGUAUACAUCGUAAAUACUUAAUUCGUGAAUUUAGAGUAGUUUUUUACUCUCAAUUCUUAGAAAGCUAUAAAACAGUGACAUUAAAUAAUAUGGCUAAAGCAUUUGGAGUUAGUGUAUAAUUCAUUGAUAGGUAUCUAAUUUUUUUUAAAUUUUUUAAGAGAAUUGAGUGAAUUAAUUUCAUCAAGAAGAAUUAAUUGUAAAAUAGAUAAAGUUGCUGGAAUUAUUGAAUCUUCUAGAGCAGAUGAUAGAAAUUAACUCUAUAAUAAUUUAAUUAAAUAAGGAGAUUAUUUACUCAAUAGAGUUUAAAAAUUGUCCAGAUUAACAGAUUUAUGA